UUGCUCGGCGCUUGUACCACACACGUCCCUCCCUCCCUCCCUCCGGGGGAAGCCGGAGCUGCUCUGCCUCCUCCUCGGCACAUAGACCCGCCGCCCCUGGGCUGCCACGGCAACUGCUCUGUGUGGGCCACCGCGAGCAAAGUUUUCGGUCCUUCUUCCUUCGGUGCUCGUCUCUUUCUGGGCUGUUGGCAGGGGGACAAGAAGCAGAAGGGCGAGGGGAGUCGUUUUGGCGGGGAAGGACCUAAAGUUCGCCUGGAGGCUGGAGCAUUUCUUGCUAGCUUGGAAAGCAGUGAAUUGAAGGUCUCCCCCUCCUUGCACCAUCUCCCUCUCCUCUCUCAGAAUGCACUAAGGCAUUCCGUUGGCGGGCUUUUCGGAGUGGCAUGAGGAGAUCUCCGGAUGUCAGCCCCAGGAGGCUAUCAGACAUCAGCCCUCAACUCCGGCAGCUCAAAUACUUAGUGGUGGAUGAAGCGAUUAAAGAGGAUUUGAAAUGGUCUCGAUCCAUGGAAGACCUCACUUCGGUGGGGCUCACUUCCAUCGAGGAAAGGAUUCUGCGGAUUACUGGGUAUUAUGGCUAUCAACCCUGGGCUGCCAGCUACAAAAGGGAUGAGCGUUCCAAUGAUUCCCCAGCCCCAGCAGACUCUCAGGCACAAGCUGGGAUGGAAGCUGGUGGAAGAGGAAGUCAAUGUUGCUGGACAUGUUCUGUGACGCAACUCAAGAAAUUUUUCUGGGGAGUCGUGGUGGUACUUGGUGUUUGCUUCUCUUGGUCAGGUUCAACCCAGCUAGCAAAACUGACCUUUAAGAAAUUUGAUGCACCUUUCACUUUGACAUGGUUUGCAACAAACUGGAACUUUUUAUUCUUUCCUUUGUAUUACAUUGGACACGUUUUAAAGUCAGCUGAAAAACAGUCUCCACAGCAAAGAUACAGGGAGUGCUGUCAGUUUUUUGGAGACAAUGGCUUAACUUUGAAGGCAUUUUUUACCAAGGCAGCACCCUUUGGUGUUCUUUGGACACUCACAAACUACCUGUACUUACAUGCAAUAAAGAAAAUAAACACUACGGAUGUCUCCGUGUUGUUCUGCUGCAACAAAGCUUUUGUGUUCUUGCUUUCGUGGAUCGUUCUCAGGGACAGGUUCAUGGGCGUGAGGAUUGUGGCUGCUAUACUUGCUAUUGCAGGGAUAGUCAUGAUGACUUAUGCUGAUGGAUUCCACAGUCAUUCAGUUAUUGGAAUAGCACUUGUUGUGGGAUCUGCCUCAAUGUCAGCUCUCUACAAGGUUCAAAAUGGGAAUGCAGAAUUGUGCCUCUUCGUGCAACAAGAUACCCAGAUGAAGGAGUUCAACACAGUGCAUUUCUUCUACUCUCAGGCUUUGUUUAAGCUUCUUCUGGGCAGUGCUAAAUUUGGAGAAGCUGCCUUAUUUUUGUCAGUGUUAGCUGUCUUCAAUAUCCUUUUUGUUACCUUUAUUCCUGUCAUCCUUUACUUUACCAAAGUUGAAUACUGGAGUUCUUUUGAUGCCAUUCCUUGGGGAAGCAUUUGUGGAUUUUCAGUCCUAUUAUUGACAUUCAAUAUUUUAUUAAAUUUUGGGAUUGCUAUUACAUAUCCUACCUUGAUAUCUCUUGGAAUUGUACUAAGUGUACCUGUAAAUGCCGUUGUUGAUCACUACUCGAGUGACAUUGUCUUCAACAGUGUCCGUGUAAUUGCCAUUGUCAUCAUUGGCCUGGGCUUCCUCCUGUUGCUUUUACCAGAGGAGUGGGAUGAAUGGUUAAUAAAGCUCCUCACUCGCCUCAAAGUACGGAAGAAGGAAGAGAUUCCAGAGGGGAAUGGAGACAUUGUUUCAGGACUACAAUAUAAAACCAGGAGAACGCGCCCAUCCAUGUCGUCAUUCACACAUUAAUGCUGUUAUUUUUAUGGAAACUGUUAACAUUGUGUGCUAUAAUUCACAAGUCUUUUCUUGCAAAGCACAUCUGUUCAAUACAGUGUACAUAGAUGUACAGUUUUGAUAUAAUAGAAUUCGAGGCAUCAUGUUUCAGCAUGUCUAAAUUGCUUGCACUGUUUCACAGCAGACCUUUCACUUGGGAGAACUUCUUUGAAAAGACAAAAACAGAACUCUUUUUAAAUGAAUGUAAUGUAUAGAUAAAUUAUCUUUACAUAUAUUGUUUUAAUGACCAAUCAUCAUGAGAAGCAGGGCAUAUGUUUUGAAUAUUAGGUACUGAAUGACACAUCGCACACUGUGAUAUAUAAAUAUAUAUAAAUAUAUAGAGAGAGAGCUAUGUCAUAAGCUUAUUUUUUACCAGAACUGUAUUCUAAGCAUUUUAAAAUAAACCAAAAUCAUGGGGAUAGAAAAAGGGGAGGGAGGGAGGGAGGGAGGGAGAUUGCUUUGUGGAGAUAAGUGCACUUUGUGCCAGAGCAGGAGGAGAGAUAAAAUGUUAUGUUUUGCACUAAAGUAUGAGGGGGGACGCAGUCAAGAGUACCAGGGCACCAUCGGCUAGGACUUUCUCUUGUGAAAGCCCAAUUGAAAUGAAUGACCGCUGUACAAGAGCCUGGGAGGCGUCUUCCAGCAUGGUGCCUUUGCACACCUCUCAUUCAUUUCAGUAGAGAGCAAACAAGAAAGGUUCUCAGGAGAUUGUGCACCAAAUUGUCUUUACUGUGCAUGACUGCAAUCCACACUUAAUCUCAUGCAAAGGAAAAUACAGUGCCUUCUACAGAAUUCUAGUCCUUUGUGUAGAAGUAGGUCACACUGCAAGUUGCUUGUGUUGGUCUUACAACAUGAAGAGUUUGUUCUGCAGAUACAGUAAUCUUGAAACUCCCAAAGAAAUCAAUGAGUGCCUGCUUCAAGCCACUGAUUAUUGGGAGUCCUGAACACCAGAGGGCUACCAGGUCUUGUACUAUAGCCAGAUUCACUUCUCAUUCACACAGGACUUGAGGUGUGGACUCUCCUGAUCUGUGUUUGUGCGAGGGAGGAGAGAAUUGAGCCUUGUACACAGAACCUUGCUUCAAAACUAACUUUGAAGCUAAGAGCCACUUACAGAGGAACACAAUUUAUGAUGUGUAGACUACGGAAAAUAUAGAGGACUGAGGUGAAUUGCCACUUGCUUUUAUUCCAUUGCUGUGAGGUGUGUGUUUUUUUAAAGAACAUGCAAGAUAUUUACAUCAAAUUUAACACUUCUUACAAAACUUGUAAACACCAAGUUGUUUACUUCUACAAUUUAGGUUUGCCAUUAAAUUUCUAUCUGUGAUAGACCAUGUGAUAUGUACAAAAAUAGAUAAAGGUUAUAGUUUACUAUUUUUGAAGUUUACAUUGUUGCAUAAAAAAAAUGUUGUUUUGAAACGUUGCCAUAACCCAAUGGUACAUGCUGUCUCCAUGACAUUUUUGUGUGUCAAAUGGGGGUGGCAUUCACUUCUCAAAUUUUUAUUGAAUCAGUUUCAGAUUCAAUUAUCUGCCUGACAAAACAAAUUAAUAAAACUGUUUUAAAAAAACCUA